AUGCACCGACUCCCCUCGCCACACGAAUUCGGAUCUGCCACGACGCUAGACGACUUCGGUGGCGUCUGCUGGACGCUAUGCUACAUCCUCAUCGCACGCGAGGGCCUCAAGACGAAGUCCUACGGCAUGCCUCUCCUCGCUCUCGCGAACAACUUUGCCUGGGAAAUGAUCUACGCUCUCUACGUGGUCGAGGAGCCCUUCGAGAAGACAGCCAUGGCCAUCUGGAUGGUCAUCGACACACCCAUCAUCUACUCGACGAUUCUGCACGGUGCAUUUGAGUGGAACCACGCGCCGGCUGUAAGGAAGGGAUUGACACACAUCUUCAUCGCAUUGCUCGCCACGUGUGCAGCGGCCCAUUGGGCAUGGCAGGACUGGUGGAUCAGCACAGCCGUCGCCGCAGGCCAGAAGCCAGACCUUACCCAAAUGGCCUACUGGGCUGUGAGCAUGUGUCAGUUGCUGGUGUCCACAAUGUCGCUGGCCAUGCUGUUGGUGAGACAGCACACGGGCGGUGUCUCUUGGACUAUCUGGUUACUCCGCUUUCUCGGCACUGGUAUCGGCCUCAACUUCAACUACUGGUGGGCUUGGUACACCUGGCCCGAGGCUCACGGUUACUUCAUGAGCCCCCCUGCCAUCUUCAUCUGGGGCCUUACCACUGUGUGUGACGUUGUGUACGGAUUCGUUUUCUGGAAUGUCAGGUCUACUGAGAGAGACCUGCCAGAUGGCCGAAAGGUGGCUGGGUUUCACCACCAAAUCGUCAAGCCAAAGAACUUGGGGUAA